UCAAUUCCAAAGACUCCUGCCUAACAUCCCACUGACUAUUAUAAAAAACAGAAAAACGGUCUGCCUGCCUAGGAAUAAUAUUUUCCUUUGAAAAGCAUGGUCUGCCCACCACCAACUUAACAAAAUAAUCACGUUUCAUCUAAAGCUGAGAACAAAUUAUAUAGAAAAAAGUGGACAAACACCAUACAGCUAGGAUAAUAUAUACAGAUGAUCCAAACAGCAUAUAUAACUGAAAGGUAGCAGCAAAUGCGAGUGAAAUGGCAGAAACUGCAGUAAUAUCAGCCUUGGGAGAAGUGUUCCAACUUCUUAAGGUAAAAACAAAUCUUCUAAGAGGUGUACACAAAGAUUUCUUAGACAUCAAAGAUGAACUUGAAAGCAUUCAAAUCUUCCUCAAAGAUGCAGAUAGAAGGGCAGCAGAUGAAGCAGAAACCAAUGAAGGAAUAAGAACAUGGGUGAAGCAUAUGAGAGAAGCAUCGUUUCGCAUUGAAGAUAUAAUUGACGAAUACCUUCGGCUGAUCCAUACGGCCAAUCCUCCUGGUAGCGGAUCUGUAUUCAACAAGAUUACAAGCCCAAUCAAAACUUUGAUUCCCCGUCACAAAAUUGCAUCAGAGAUUCAAGACAUCAAGCUGACAAUUCACGGAAUCAAGGAAAGAAGCGUGAGGUAUAACUUUCAAAUUUCAAAUGAACAAGGAUCCUCAAACAGCAGCAACACUACCGAAGAGAAAGAAAAUGGAAGAUGGCGUGAUCCUCGACUGUCUUCCCUUUUCAUUGAAGAAACAGAAAUUGUAGGAUUUGAAGGCCCAAAAGAAGAACUAUAUGGUUGGUUAUUGGAGGGUUCAGCUGAACGCACAGUGAUUUCAGUGGUAGGAAUGGGGGGUCUCGGCAAAACCACUCUUGCCAAGCUAGUUUUUGACAGCCAAAAGGUAACAACACAGUUUGAUUGUCAAGCUUGCAUCGUAGUUUCUCAAUCAUACACUGUGAGAGGAUUACUGAUAAAAAUGAUGGCGCAAUUUUGUCAGGAAACUGAAGACCCUCUUCCAAAGAAGUUACACAAAAUGGAUGACAGGUCACUGAUUACAGAGGUAAGGAAAUACCUAGAACAUAAGAGGUAUUUGAUAUUCUUUGAUGAUGUAUGGCAAGAAGAUUUUUCCGACCAGGUUGAAUUUGCCAUGCCUAAUAACAACAAAGGUAGUAGGAUCAUAAUCACCACUAGAAUUAUGCAAGUUGCAGAUUUUUUCAAGAAAUCAUUUCUAGUUCAUGUUCACAACUUGCAACUUUUGACUCCAAACAAAGCAUGGGAACUCUUCUGCAAGAAAGUAUUUAGAUAUGAUCUUGGAGGGCGUUGUCCACCGGAGCUUGAGGCUGUGGCAAAAGAAAUUGUGCAAAAGUUCAAGCAACUACCUCUUGCAAUUGUGGCCGUUGCUGGUCUACUUUCAACAAAAUCUAAAACCAUGAUUGAAUGGCAAAAGGUGAGUCAAAAUUUGAGCCUGGAGUUGGGGUGUAAUACCCAUUUAACGAGUCUAACAAAGAUUUUGUCGCUUAGUUAUGAUGGCCUGCCUCACUACUUGAAACCAUGCAUUUUGUAUUUUGGUUUAUAUCCAGAGGAUUUUGCUAUUCAUCAUAGGAGAUUAACUCAACAAUGGGCAGCUGAAGGGUUUGUUAAAUCUGAUGGGAGAAGAACUCCAGAGCAAGUUGCAGAGGAGUACUUGUCUGAAUUGAUUCAGAGAAGUCUAGUCCAAGUCUCGGAUGUUAACUUUGAAGGGAAAGUACAUACAUGUCAAGUCCAUGAUUUAUUGCGGGAAGUGAUCAUUAGAAAAAUGAAGGAUUUGAGUUUCUGCCAUUGUAUGCAUGAUGAUGGUGAAUCACUUGUGGUUGGGAAAACUAGACGCCUAUCAAUAACCACUAGCCACAACAAUGUGUUGAAGAGCUCUAACAUUUCACAUUUCCGUGCUAUUCAUGUUUUUCAUAAAAGUGUGUCAUUGGAGCAUUUCGUGGGCAAACUGUGUUCGAAAUCUAGGAUUUUGAAGGUACUUGACAUUGAAGGUACAUCGUUGAAUCAUAUUCCUAAAAAUUUGGGGAAUCUUUUUCACUUAAGGUACUUAAACCUAAAGAGUACAAAAAUAAAGGUUCUUCCUAAAUCAGUUGGUGAGCUACAGAACUUAGAGAUAUUGGAUAUAACAUACACACUUGUGCAUGAGAUACCAAGAGAGAUAAACAAGCUCACAAAGCUUCGUCACCUUUUCGCAUUACACCGUAACUAUGAAGAAAAGUAUUCACUGUUUGGAUUUACAUCUGGUGUGAAGAUGGAAAAAGGUAUUAAAAACAUGGCUUCCCUACAAAAGCUUUAUUAUGUGGAGGUAAAUCAUGGGGGAGUUGAUCUCAUUCAAGAGAUGAAAAUGUUAAGUCAGUUAAGAAGGUUAGGUUUAAGGCAUGUAAGAAGAGAGCAUGGGGAGGCCAUAAGUGCUGUUAUAGUAGAAUUGAAACACCUUGAAGAUCUUAAUAUCACUACAAUUGGUGAGGAUGAAAGCAUUAACUUGAAUUUUGUCUCAUCUCCGCCCCAACUUCAGGCGCUUCAUUUGAAAGCUAAACUAGAUACAUUGCCUGAAUGGAUUCCAAAACUUGAGUAUCUUGUUGAGAUAAAGUUGGCUUUAUCUUACUUGAAAAAUGAUCCACUGCAGUCACUUAAAAACUUGCCAAAUCUGUUGAAGUUCGGUCUAUGGGACAACGCCUAUGAUGGUGAAAUUUUGCAUUUUCAAAUUGGAGGGUUUCUAAAGUUGAAGAGACUGAACCUCAGGCGCUUGAAUAGGGUAAAUUCUAUCCUUAUAGACGAAGGAACUUUGAUCUCUCUUGAAUAUCUGAACAUGGACAGAAUCCCCCAGCUAAAGGAGGUGCCCUCAGGCAUCAGGUCCUUGGAUAAACUCAAAGAUAUUAACUUCACUGAAAUGCCAUCUGAAUUUGUUGAAAGUAUUGAUCCAGACAAAGGAAAAGACUACAUGAUUAUCAAGCAUGUCCCUCUUGUAUCCAUUCAUCACUCGAGCGGUCCAAAAUUUUAUGACUAUGCAAUUCGCACUAUUCACUCGUCUUCUAAGCAGUCAUAAGCAAAUUGAGAAUGAUCCGGUGUUUAGCAAGCUUCAAAAUAUGAAGAAAUUUGGUUCUCCAUAAUACAGCUCAAAGAUGACGUAUUUUCUUAGAGCUUCAAAUUAAAGUAAAUUAUUUAUUUAUCAUCCAGCAAUAAUCAAGAAAAGUGUGGAUUCAAUUCACUGAGUGACUUUGGCUUUUUUUUUUUUUUUUUUUUGUUGUCAUCUGUGGUGUUUUAUAAUUUGGUUGUGAAAGGUUUGAUUGAAAACCUUGUAAUCAAUACCUUUAUUUAGACUCCAUUCUGAGGUCAUUUUUACAUUUCUUUCUUACUUUAGUAGUCAUUUGUGGUGUUUAA